GCGCGCAAGGACCCCGGUCACAAACUGUCCAACACGCGCUGUUUACGGGACAAACCGGGACUAAACCGGGACUAAACCUGGAGUAAACUGGGACUAAGCCGGGCCCAGAGCCGCGGCGGGACGGAAACAUGGCCGAGGUCAAAGUGAAGAAGGAGAAGGGCGUGCUGGACCCCGCGGAGGUGGAGAAAAGGAUAAAGGAGCUGUGUGAACAGUUUCCUCAGGGCAUCACUGAUCAUGUGAUCCAGAACGACAUGCCCCACCUGGAGCCGCAGCAGAGAGCCGGAGCCAUCAACAGACUGCUGUCCCUGGGGCAGUUGGAUCUCCUGAGGAACAGCUCUGGUUUGUUGUAUCGUCUGAAGGACACUCAGGGCUCCAGUAAAAUGAAGGGCUCAGACAAUCAGGAGAAACUGGUCUAUCAGAUCAUUGAAGAUGCAGGGAACAAAGGGAUCUGGAGCAGAGAUAUUCGCUUUAAGAGUAAUCUUCCUCUGACUGAAAUCAACAAGAUCCUGAAGAACCUCGAGAGCAAGAAACUCAUCAAGGCCGUGAAGUCUGUGGCAGCGUCUAAGAAGAAGGUGUACAUGUUGUAUAAUGUCCAGCCUGACCGCUCAGUGACCGGAGGAGCCUGGUACAGUGACCAGGACUUUGAGUCUGAGUUUGUGGAGGUUUUAAACCAACAGUGUUUCAAGUUCCUCCAGAGCAAGGCGGAGGCAGCGAGGGACAGUAAACAGAGUCCGAUGGUUCAGAGAAACGCGUCUUUUGCCACGUCACAUGAAGUUUGGAAAUACAUCAGCGAACUGGGCAUCAGUAAAGUGGACUUGUCCAUGGAGGACAUAGAGACGAUCCUAAACACACUGAUCUACGACGGGAAGGUGGAGAUGACGGUGAUCGUGGCGAAGGAGGGCACGGCGGGCAGCGUGGACGGACAAAUGAAGCUCUACAGAGGCGUCAACAGCAUUACCGCGCCAACCGGCCUAGUCAAGACGCCCUGCGGCUUGUGCCCGGUUUUCGACGACUGUCACGACGGUGGCGAGAUCUCCCCCUCCACCUGCAUUUACCUGAGCGAGUGGCUGGACUUCUGACACUUCCUGUUCCACAUUUCCUGUUUCCUCACUUCCUGUUUCCUCUUUGAGCCGCGUUGGAGUUCAGGAGACGAGCCGUGUGAUUGGUCCGAGUCACAAAUGACGAAAAGCCUGGAUCCAACCUGAGGUUACAGAUGAAGAGAUUAAUGCCUCACUCUGGAACAUUGCAUUUUGGACCCUCACAUUUGUUUAAACUGUACUUUGCUGAUUGUGACUUGGUUUGGUGGAAAGUUUUGGGAUUGAUUAGCUGACCUUGUAGUUAGAGGGUGACUGCACCUCCUGAGCCACCGUUGCCUUAAAAAAAGAUAAUUUAUUACCAUAUUUAAGUUUUUCUGUUUCUAGAGAUGUGUUUAGUCGAGUGUUGUCACGGUACAAACACUUCAAACUGGAUUUCGAUACUUGAUUCCGAUACCGAUACCGCGGUGAUAAUAAAAACACUUUCUGUGAUUUUCCACAUUAAAUGGCAGAACUUUCCUUGUCUCUGUGUAAUCCCAGUUGUCCAGGGGAGUUCCACAAAAAGUCCCAUAAACUAAACUAAUUCUUAGAAAAAGGAGUUUGAAGUUGUCGUACGGUGACUCCACUCACCUGAAGGCACCGUCCCUCUGCCGUACGACAUCACGGACUGUCCCUGAACGCACCGCGGCUCAAACUGAACAGAGUGUGUAAAUAAAGAGGCUCUGAUUGAAGUUACCUCUGCUGUAAAAAUGUAAAAACUUCAGUUUAGAAAUAUGUUUGUUUGAAAAGUGAAUUUGUAAAAAAAAUUAAGAAAAAAAAUUUGUUUGUUAAAAAAAAAAAUUAUUUAAUUUUUUGACAGAAAAUAAAGUGCUGUAAAAAAAUGCACCAAUGAUAUUUGAAGGAUUGACACGUGAGCAGUGACGUGUCGGGGUUAAAGGGCGGGGCAAAAAAUAUCAAAUUUGGAAGAAAAUAGAUUUUUAUUUUCCCACUUUCUUGCAGCUGCAUCGAAGCAGCGAAUUUUUAAACAUUUGUACCAAAACGACGACGUGACGCUGCAGAAUCUACGAGUAUCAACAAUUAAGAAAAUAAAACUGGAGAAGGAAGAGCGGACGUCAC